GUGGAAGGGGUCAGGAGCUAGUGAGCGAGAAGACGAGAGAGAGCUCUGAACGCUGACCUUAUCCUUAACCGACCUCGACUAUCUUCACCUAGCAGCAAACCAAUAAAAACGAAAUAACAAUGGCCAUCUCAACCGAAGUCCCGCAGACCGUGGAGUGGAACGGGAAGAAGGUCCCGGUCUACCCCAUGGAGAUCAUCGACUUCUCGAAGCUGCUCUCUCAGGAGCCCCUCGAGAUUGAGAGACUUGUCAAGUGCUGCCAGGACGCGGGAUACUUCUACCUGGACCUUCGAGGAAUCGACGGCCGUAGGAUGCUCGAGGACCAGCAGGACACGUUGAAGCUCAUGUACCGCUUCUUCGACGCUCCCCUCGAAGCUAAGAACGAGUUCGGUCUUGUUGCUCCACAUCUCGGCUACGAGCCGAUCGGCUCGCGCACCGGCGUCCUAGAGAACACCAAGGACGGGUACGAGAUGAUCAAAGUCUCGCGCGACGAGAUCCAGAAGGACAGCCCGCACCUGCCGGCCGUGAUCAAGAACAGCCCGGACAUGAAGGUGCUCGAGCACGCCAUCGCAGGCGCCAACAUCGCCACGAAGACCAUCCUGACCGCGCUAUCGACCGGGUUAGGUCUCACCGGCGCCGAGCGCUUCGAGAACUCGCACCGGAACGAGCGGCCGUCGACGAGCACGCUCGCCAUGAUGCACUACAUCCCGUCCGACCCGUCGGCCAAGAACAUCGGGCACCAGAAGCACACGGACAUCAGCUCGCUGACCUUCCUGUUCGCCGAGCAGUGGGGAUUGCAGGUGCGUCCCCCCGGGUCCAAAGAAUUCGGGUUCGUAGAGCCGAAACCCGGGAUGGCGGUGAUCAACGUGGGGGACUCGCUGCGCUUCGCGUCGGGGCACACGAUGCAGUCGUGCAUCCACCGCGUGGUACCCCUAGACCCGACCGAGCACCGCUACUCGAUCGCGUACUUCCUGCGCGCCGAGAACGACACCGUCUUCACCGACAGCGAGGGGCGGCUGAUCACCGCCGGCCAGUGGCACGACGAGAAGUUCUUCGCCUUCACCAGCCCGCCCGAGAUCCAGGCCCUGGCCCCGAGCUCCAUGAUCCUCGGCGGCAUGACCGAGGACGACGAGUCCAAGGACGCGCCUAGCCCCGUCUUGGGCGCGGGCGACGGCUUGAAGGAGUCCGUCCAGGUGUUCUAGACGAGAAUAUACGGAACCGCCCUCUUGAAUUUCUAAGAAAGGGGAGAAGGAUAAGCGGGGGUUUAAGAGAGAAAGAUGGGCUGAUACCUACCUGCUAACGGUCGUUAUCCCUUAAGGACUCCCCGAGAACAUGAAGAGUGCUCAUUGUCUCUCGUUGCGUGCUGGAUCAGGUAGUAGAUCUUCUAGAUCGCCUAAUACACAAGGCAGAUAGAUGGAGGGAACCAAUAUACUCCAUAGGUACUAUAUGUAGUCUUCGAAAUAGGACUGUUUCUUUUGUCGUUAUGACAGACUUGACCUGUAACCCGUAACUCGUAAUUGAAAAGAGAUCAAGCAACUACCUAGG